GGACCUUAGGGACCCUAGGGAAUGUAGGGACCCUAGGGACCCAGGGACCCCAGAGGCCCCAGUGAUCCCAGGAACAUCCAGGGACCAGGCAUCCCAGAAACCCCCGCCCUUCAGCCCCUGGCGGCCCGGUGCCGAUUUCGGCUGCUUGUUUUGCAGGCAGGCCAGUUUGGUAUCUCGCUUGGACUUUGAUGCAGCGGCAGGAUGUGGGUCAGCCAGUCUGACGGAUGGACGCUGCGAAGCCUUGCAAGGCUUGGCCCGACCGACCUUCAGGCCGCGAGUGAAAAGGAGGAGGAGCAUCCAAACCCGUGCGUUGGUGUUGCCAAAGAAGCCAGUCAAUCUUGUGUUUGCUCUGGAAACUUGGCUCGAGGGUACUCAUCAACACUGACACAACAACAGCUCGCAAUGGUUGCCCGAUGGGUCUAGUGCCAGUGCUUGAGGAAUCGCAGGCCGCUCAAGCGCUUUUCGAAUAGCCAUGGCGAUGAUGCGGACCAGGACCAAAAGCCGAGGUAUGUGCCUCUGCCUUCUCGGGAUUGCAUUGGCGCUGCUCGUGCAGCCGAGCACGGCCUGGGUCUUGGGACACAUUUUUUUCGAAGGUUUUCGGGUUUCAGGAGUCCCUUGUCGCCGCCGCCCAGGACUUUGCUCGAGGAGUUCCUGGGCUGAAGGACAGCAUGUUGGCAAAACGGCACCCGUUGCAUGCCGGAGUCGCUCGGCGCGCCGGGGCUGCGCAAGAGGACAACAGUGCCGAGGACCGGCUCGAUCUCGAGGAGGUGAUUUCAGAAGCUGAACGGGUGCUGUCGGCGACGAAGAAAGACAUGCAAGUGGUCAUGCGAAAAGUGCAGCUGACAGAUCCAGGGAAGUGGAAUGAUUUGGCGACUAAGCCUGAGUUAAAGCAGCAGCUAAAGAAGUUUGUGGCAGAGGCCAAGGCAGCCCUAAAGGCCUUGGAAGAGGACCUGCUCCUGGCGCGACUGCAGCAAGCGAGCGCCCAGCGGCAGGUUGAGACUGCCCAGCAGCAGGUGGAGAUGGUGAUGAAGAGUCUGGUUAAAGCCGCCGCCAGAUUGGAGAAGGCGGAGGAAUCAGGCACCAAGGAGGAGGUCAAGGAGGCCAAGGAGGAGGUCAAGGAGGCCAAGGAGGAGGUCAAGGAGGCCAAGGAGGAGGUGGAGAAGGCGGAGAGGAAGGUGGAGAAGGCGGAGAGGAAGGUGCAGGCGGCGGAGAGGAAGGAGGCGAAGGCAAGCGGCCGGACGAAGGAGUCCGAGGAGCAUGUGGAAAAGCUGGUUAAGAAGUUUGCGGGGGCGGAGUAUUGGGCACGCCCGACACCACGCUUUGGGAAGUAUGUGCGAGGCGAGAGGCUCACUUGGCCUGGAACAGACUUGCCUUGCCCGGGUGAGUUGCCAAACGCUUCCCGGACAGAUGAUGGCCGGACCACAGCGUUCGGCAUUGGCAACGCCUUUGGCACCGGGAAGACGGAGGUUGCGAUCCGGAGUGCCGAGAUGACCUGCGCAGCGGAGCCCGGCUUGAGAGUCGCUUACAUCUCCUUCAGCAAUGGAUACAAGAGCAAAGAAUUGGCUGACUCCGUGGAGGACAACAGCUCGAGGGCAAAGAGGGGCAGCCAGGUGCUCGGAUGCAGCAAAUACUGCGGGCUGUGGCUCAUGGCAGGGAUGCGGGCAACGCGGGUCAUUGACAACGAGGUGCAGGGCAAUGCGAGACUUUUUCAAGGGAUUGUUGCAGCUUACAUGGGAAAUCCUCAGUGGAAGCUUCCUGGCUAUGUUGAACAAACCGAUGCCAAACUAAUCGUCAUUCUUGACGAGGUGCAAGAGUUCGCCUUCGGCACACUGGAAGGCCUUGUUAGCAUGAUCGUUGUGCCGUCAAAGACUCGCAUGAGUCUUGUGGUUGGUGCUUUUUCACCGUCCUUCUUGAACCCCUCUGGCAAUCGACUGCGCGAUGUAAGGCUGCCAGUAUUAGCACAGGAUGACAUGGAGCAGAUUUUCCAGGACAGGAUUCCAGGUGCGCAGAUCAAUUUCGAAGGAGUGUCAUUGCCGGGGCUCUUCGGCGGCUGUGUGCGGCCGCUAGCCAGUUGGUCCUCUGCGAAAGAGGAACUUGGAAUGAACCAGGACCCCACCCAGUCCUGUCUUCGCCAAUAUGAGACAUCCAGCUACUGGACGACGGCGGGCCUCGUUCAGGCGGCCGUUGCGGAUGUGCCCAUCUGCUCUGAGAUGCUGAAAACUGCAUUUAUGCAGGACAGCCUGAGUCUCGGCGCCGCCUUCGUCUUACCCAAAGACCGGCAUUUCCUUGUUUCGCUGCCACCCUUGCAGAUUGCGGCAGGCCAGUUCGAACUUCCAACUGAGAUAGAUAAGGGCACUCAAAGGAAAGUUCGUGACAUACUGACAGGUUUUUGCUCACCUACAUGGACGCAGUUCGAGGAGCUCACGGGCAUCGCGCCAGCUUUGCGAGUUGCUGCGUUGUCACAAAGCAACAUGGGCCUGAUUCUUGGUGGCCAUACCGUUCUGCAGCAUGUCUUUGGAAGCGAGGCCUCCAAUACCAAGGCCCAGGAACUGCUCAGACAAAAUGUGAGGGAAGAUCUCGCAGUGCGUUGGGUCAGAGGUGGCACAGAUGUGGCAGCAGUGAACUUUUCUCAGCUCAGUUGUGAUGCUGGCGAGAAGGAGCUGCUGACCAUUGGCAUGGCCGCAGAUCACAAUUCGAACUUCGACCACUUCCUCAUUGUCCCGCUGGACAAUGGCGAGAAGCUCUUGUUCUGCUUAGAUGCAAAAUUUAGCGUGGAGGGUAUGGAGAAGGACUUGAACUUCGAGCAAGACAUUCAGCCCAAGCUGAAGGGAUUCUCAGCAAUGAACCUUCCAACAAGUUGGCAUACUUUGGUCCUUAUCGUGUCGAAUCGCAGGAUCACUGAAGGACAAGCAAUACGUGUACAGAAUUUUGCAGAGGCACCGCUAAUCGCAGCAGGGGCGGAGCACCUGCAGCGCGUGCUGUCGUGCUCUUUGGUCCCACCAGCAUACAGAGAGCGGCGGCGAAAAAAGCAGAGCUAGUGGAUGUGAGUG